GGGUGGGGGGCGUGUGGAAACUGAUCCGCCACAGCGCGCACAGUCUAAAACAGACUCUGUAACGUACUGGAAAACCGGAGAGACACGGAAACGCCCCACACGGACUUCCCCUGCCAGCCUCCACAUCUCUGGAGAAACAUCUGAACUAAUUCAACAGGGCAAAGGCAGAAGUAGCGGGACUAAAAGCAUCUGAGAUUUGUUUGUGGAAGUAGCGGCGCUCAUGGCAGCAGCUCGGCUGCUUUAGGAGGGUCACUUCUGUGGAUUUAUUGGGAGAAACUCGUCUGUUGGGUGUCAGUCAGAAAAAUAAUGGAUGCACUCAGACUGUCCGCUGCUCUUCUUCUACUUCUGUCUUCAUUCAGCGGUGGAAGUGCUAUACAGUUUCCCGACUCCCAUCUGACCCGGAAAUGGGCGAUGCAGAUGCAGGAGGAGCUAGUGCAGUUGAUGGAUGCUGAGACCGGCAUACAAAAGCUCCAAGAAAUUUUCCUCCAAUUUCAGAGACACUAUGAUGUGAAGCAAAACAACGCUUCACAGCUGGUUUCAAAAGCUGCACGUGAAAUCAAGAACCUUCUUGCCAACCGUUCCAAAGCUCUAGAGGCGCUGGCGACGGCUGCAGAGAACCUGCAGAAGGAGCACCAGUGGAAGGAUGAUCUUGACGUGAAUGAGACGAUUUACUACAAUGCCAAGAACAAGUUUGACAUUAAUGACACGGAAUCACACCAGAACCGUGUCAAAGCCGAAUUCAAAGAGGAUCCAGUUUUCAAACGCCCUGUUUCAUACAACACAACAGCAGUGCACAUUCCUACUGAUAUCUACGAGGGCUCCACUAUUAUCCUGAAUGAGCUAAACUGGACUGCGGCUCUAGAUGAAGUCUUCAAGAAGAACUGGGAGAAUGACCCGUCCCUCCUCUGGCAGGUGUUUGGCAGUGCAACUGGCCUGGCUCGAUACUUCCCAGCUUCCCCUUGGGUGGACACGAGGAGCACACCAAAUAAGAUUGACCUGUAUGAUGUACGCCGAAGGCCCUGGUAUAUCCAAGGUGCAGCUUCACCUAAAAACAUGUUGAUCCUGGUGGACGCGAGUGGAAGCGUGUCAGGUCUGACACUGAAGCUCAUUCGCACUUCCGUCAGUGAGAUGCUGGAGACUCUCUCCGAUGAUGAUUACGUCAACAUCGUCUCUUUCAACAAUUCGGCCAAGUCAGUCGCUUGUUUUGAAAACCUGGUCCAAGCAAAUGUCCGCAAUAAAAAGAUUCUGAAGGAAGCGGUACAGAAGAUCACAGCGAAUGGCACCACUGACUAUAAAAUCGGCUUCAAGGAGGCUUUUGAACAGCUCUCCUCAAUGAAUGUUACAAGAGCAAGCUGUAACAAGAUUAUCAUGCUAUUCACUGACGGAGGAGAGGACAGAGCUUCAGAGAUCUUUGAAGAGUACAACCCUGACAAGGAGGUUCGAAUCUUCACCUUUUCUGUGGGCCAGCAUAACUAUGAUAAGACGCCAAUUCAGUGGAUGGCUUGCAAUAACAAAGGUUAUUAUUAUGAGAUCCCCUCUAUUGGAGCCAUCAGGAUCAACACCCAGGAGUACCUGGAUGUGUUGGGUAGGCCCAUGGUGAAAGAAGACAAGAAAGCAAAAACUGUGCAGUGGACCAACGUUUACGUGGACGCUCUAGAAUUGGGCCUUGUGAUUACAGGCACUCUGCCCGUGUUCAAUAAGACCAGCACCAGGAACAGUCAAGACAAGAAUAAGGACCAGAGCCAGUUGAUUUUGGGGGUGAUGGCCGUAGACGUGUCUCUGGAUGACAUCAAGAGACUGACUCCACAUUACACUCUCGGACCGAAUGGAUAUUACUUCGCCAUCGAUCCCAACGGCUACGUGCUGCUUCAUCCCAACCUUCAGCCAAAGGAUCUCAAGUCUCAGGAACCCGUGACAUUGGACUUCUUGGAUGCAGAACUAGAGGAUGAAAUGAAAGUGGAGAUCAGAAGAAGUAUGAUAGAAGGUGUGGAGAAUCAAACGAGAUUCCAAACACUUACGAAGUCUCAAGAUAAGCGCUACAUAGACAGAGGCAUCAGAACCUACACUUGGGGUCCUGUCAAUGGCACAGACUACAGUCUUGCUUUAGUUCUACCUGAUUACAGCAUCAGCUACAUCAAGGCUACUAUACUAGACACCAUCACUCAGGCCAAAUCUUGGAAACUCUCAGAAAAUUCCGAAGAAACUGUUUCUGAAAGCCUGCAGUUGGACAAAUUUGAAGAGUAUGGAUAUACUUUAAUAGCACCCAGAGAUUACUGCACAGACCUGAAAGCUCAGAGUGACAACAUCACACAAUUUCUCAUCGACUUCAAUGAAUACAUAGACAGAAAGACCCCCAACAACCCGCUGUGUAAUAUGGAGCUAAUAAACAGACUGCUGCUGGACGCUGGCAUCACCGCUGAACUGGCCAAAUACUGGAGCGAACAGAGACCGAAUGAGACAAUCAAGGCUAAGUUUGUGGCGACAGACGGCGGUGUCACUAGAGUCUAUCCUGCGAGUGCUGUUUUGGAAUGGACUGAACAGGCAGAAACUUACAAGUCUAGUUUCUACAAGAGAAGUCUGGACAAUGAUGUUUAUAUAUUUACAUCAGCACCAAAUGCAAACAAUGAUUCAGUUUUAGUGAGCAGAGCAAUGGACCUGACAGUUGAUGAAUUCAUGCUGAAGCCAGCAGUGGUUGGAGUAAAACUGGAUGUAUUGAAAUGGAUGGAAAGCUUCAUCAACGCUACAAUUACGCCCAAUUGUGUUGGUGAAAUCUGUGGGUGCAGGAGGAGCGAUGUCAAUCUGGACUGCUUUCUUCUGGACGAUGGAGGCUUCCUUGUCAUGACCAAUAAGGAACUCUCUAUGAUCGGACAGUUUUUCGGUAUGAUUGACCCCACCCUAAUGAGAAAUCUGAUAAAUGAAUCCCUGUUCUCAGUCAACAUUACCUACGACUACCAGGCCCUCUGUGAACCCACCACUGAAUCUAAAGCUGCCGCUGGUCUCAGAUCAGUCUAUGUGCCCACCAUAGCUGACAUCCUGAACAUUGGUUGGUGGGCUUCUGCAGCAGCCUGGUCAAUAUUGCAGCAGUUAUUUGUCAGCAUCACAUUUCCUAAUUUCCUCGAGGCUGCGGACCUAGAUGAGGACCUGUCUGAAAUACCAUCUAAAGAGAGUUGCAUUAAAGAGCAGAAACAGUAUUUCUUUGGGAACAAUGAGACAACUUUUAAGGGGACUGUCGAUUGUCAGAACUGCUCCAGGCAGUUCAUAGCUGAAAAGCUUCCGAAGACAAAUCUGGUGCUUAUUGUUGCAGACCCACAAAUUCACUGCCAUAAUGGUGAAAAAGGUUUCUCCCAGGAAGAAAAGCCUUCUCCAGGUCCAGAUCCCUGCAAGAUAGCCCAGAACCCACGCUAUCGGAAAGAUCCAAAACACUGCUUUGACAACAAUUCAAGUGAUGAGGCCAUGUGUAGGAGAAAUGCAGGCUCUCCACUGCUCUCCUCUCUGCUCAUGUUACUGCUGCCAGUGUUCAUGUGCUGUCUCGGGUCAGUCCAUCUCUCUAUCUCCCUCUCUCUCUCUCUCUCUCUCUCUCUCUCUCUCUCUCUUUAUUUAUUUGUUUACUUAUUUAUAUCGAUCUAUCUGUCUUGUCUGCCAAAUUAGAAGUAAAUUCACUAAACACUUGUCACUUGUGUUUGUUGUAUUUCAUCUUAUUCAAGUCUCCGCAAAUUUGCUUAAACAGCCGCUAUCUGAUUUAGCCUUUCACUUUGGCUAUUUAAAUAAUGUCUUUUUUCUUUUCAAACACACCUUUGAGUGGAAAUUUCUUUCAUUACCUGAAUUCCUUUAGUGAAUCAACUGCUAAAACAGCACUGGCAGUUUGUGCAAGUAUACAAUGCUAUCAACAGGCACAUUUCUGUCCUUUAUAUCUGCAUGUUCCAGUGUAA